UAGUAUAUAUUGGAGUCUCUUUGCAGGAAGUGUUGACGAAAGAGCUAAGUAGAGUAAACAUGAGAAGAGGUGGAAGCUAUGGCGGUGGGCAAAGUUCGCUUGGUUACUUGUUUGGUUCUGAUGAGGAGCCAAAUAAACCUCCAGCUUCUCCAGCAACAGUGACGAUCAAAGCACCAUGGGGCACUGAUGAUAACAGCUCUAAGGAAUCCCCCACUGAUCCAUCUUCGAAGAAAUCCAAGGCCUCCAACAAUUAUCACAGAGCUCAAGGCAAAAACUCCGGCAACUUCGUUACUGAUCGUCCAUCAACGAAGGUUCAGGCAGCUCCAGGUGGCGAGUCGUCUCUGGGUUACUUGUUCGAAGACAAGUCAGAAGAAAAGUGAUCUAGCUCUCUACGUGUACAUCUCCCAAACUCUUAUAUAUAUAUAUAUAGAGUCUUCUCUUGAAAUAAGGGCUUUUGUUCGCAUGAUCAGUGGCUUCUGAUAUGUAAAUAAAGAAAUUUGGCUGUACUUGACUAGGGUUAUUCUAAUGUUCGAGUCCUCUGUGUACUUUUAGUUAGGGUUUGAAAGAUAUGUCCGUUGGAUAUAUCAUAUAAUAUUUCAGAUUUUACGUGUGUUCCUCGUGAUAAUACAAACGUGUAACACCUUAUCUUUUAUAUUAUUAUUUAUAUAAUAAAAUUAUGUA